AUGACUGUAACAGCUAAUGUAUGCAAGAACCAAGAUGAAAUGAUAACUACUCCUGUUGCAGGGACGUUUUCUAUACCUGGAGCAUCUUCUUCUUAUUUUAUUGAUAUAUUACAGGAUCAAGAGCAAGAGUUUCUCUAUUUUAUGGGAUUUUACUAUUUCGGUUCAGUUCCAUUUCAUACUGUCAUUUAUAAAUCAGACUAUGACUUGACUAAGGUAAAAAUUAUGACUUAUAAUAUCUAUUGCCAAUACUUUUCAUUUACGAUUGACUUAAGCGGAGGAUUUUUGUAUGUAUUGGAUAGAAGUAGUGGGAAGAUAUUUGAGAUUAGGGCUGAUACACUUGGGGUUGUUAGAGGAUUGUCCAUCAGUGGGGCUACAGUGCAUACAAGCUCACAGAUGGCUUGGAAGAAUAACUUCUUCUUUAGCUUACAGCUAAGCGGAGUGAUGGAAACUUGCAGAUGGGACAUGACUACUUCGAACUUAGAUUGAUUUAACUUUGGGGUAAAUGCCUUUACGAAUCUGGCCCCAAUAAGUUCAGAUAUAUUAUUCUUUGGAUCAAUUGACUUUGCAAAUAACAAAUACUAUUUAGUCAGUUACAACUUCUCUGCCACUCCAAGAUUAACUUGGAAAAAGAAUGUCUCAUGACAAACUUCUGGAUGAGCCUCUCAAAAUGGUAAAUCCCUAAUCAGCCAAGACGGCCAACUUAUCUACACAAUGGUUCAGCUCAAAGGCAACUUCUUGCUCUAUUUUCUUCGUGUGCAGGAUGGGGCAUCAGUGAGCUCAGGGUUUAUCUGGAGUAAUCCUGGGGGAGGUGUGUAUUCAAUGAAUGAGUUUGACAAAUUUGUGACUGCUCAGCUUUAUACUUCGACGUAUACGCCUAAUUUUACCAGGCUAAUGUUGUUUAAGAAGGAUGGGAGUAUGGUUAUUAAGGAAUAUAGGACUAUGACAUGAAGUUCAUAUGCUGCAUUCCGAUAUCAAUCAGGAGAACAAGAGAUUAUGUAUUUCCCCGGUAUGUAUAGAACAAAUUAUACAUUUUUCCUUGGAAGAGCAUCAACAGAUAGAAUUGAUAGUUUGUCUGAAUUCCAAAUUGACACUUUUCGUUUUGUUCCGAUCACCACCAGUUACACAAUAUCAACUGCUACUACGGGCCCUAGCUUGAUUUCAACGCCACGUACCCUAUCUAUCACAACUCCUGGUCCAGUAACGAGCACAGAUAGGACCACAUCGGUGACUCCUUCAUUUACUGCUUCUGUUGCUUUGUGGAAUGAAGAUUAUGUUCGGUCGGUACUGAGUAAUUCGUUGGUGGAGCUGGAUUUUAUUUGGGCAUGAACACAUACUGUUGAUCCUACUGUUGUUGGGUUUAGCUUGGCUCAGAGUGGAGGGAAUUCUAUACCUGAUUGGGUAAAAAUUGAUGUUAAUAGCCAAGAACUCUAUCUUAACAAGACUCCUAAGCUCAGUGUGUCCCAAACUUACUAUUUCUCGUUGCAAAUAUCUUACAACAGUGAAACUAGAUUCAAAAGAUUCGAGAUCACUGUUGAAGGUUGAAGCAUUGCAAACUGUGAGAUGUGUCAACUGGGAAACCAAACCAUUUGUGAGGAUUGAGCCAAAGGUUACCAAACUUCUAAUGGCAAUAAAUCUUGUAGCGAAAUUCAGACCGAACCUGGAGAUGAGAUUGAGAUUAAAGUAUCUUUAAUUCCAGAAAAUGCAGCUGUAGCAUCUGCUAUGGUAGCUUCAAGCGCUUCAAUUGCUUCUGUAUCUUCAAUAUUAUCAGGUUCAUCUAUUAGUUCAAUGUUUAGUGUAAUGAACAGCUUGCAGUUGGCAAUACUGCUUCCUCUAAUUCCUCACCACUUCCCCAUUGACGUUAUUGCUUUCUUAAAAGGAAUGAGCUUUACAUUAUUGUCAUUUGAUUUUGUCAAACUGGAGGAUAUCCAAUUCGUUGAAGAAAUCACAGAGUGGAUUGAUUAUCCCCAGUCUAACGAGUACCUGGGAAGCAUUGGGAUAAAUUCUGGAAGCUCAUUUAUGAACUACUUAUCAUUCUUGGGAUUUAUUUGAUUCAUUGGAAUCUGACAUUGAUGAAUCAUUUUGUGAAGGAGAUGAACUAUCAAAACAAAGAAAAAGAAAUGGGCAAAAUUAAUGAAGGAUCUUUUUGAAUUCUUCACUUUUAACAUCUAUAUCAGAGCAUUCAUUCAAGCAUUUUUAUUUACAAUUUUAUCGAUAUUCUCAGAAAUGUAUGCACUGAAUCUGAACACCUCAGCUUCCAGAAUAUCUCUUGCAUUUUGAGGAGUGUACGCUAUUUGUACAAGUGUGCCAUUUCUUCUUUCGUUCUAUCUUUAUAAAUAUUCCUUUUCUCCUAUUAAAGAUGACAAAUUUUGGCUAUGAAAAGAAUACUUUAGUGGAGUCAAGGAGGGUAGAUACUCUAAAUUAUACUCGAGCCUGUUUUUGUUACUCAGGCUUUUAUCAGUUUUUUUGCUCAUUUUUGGAAACUCCCUUCCAUCUUCAUGUAAAGCAACUGGUUUCUUAUUACUCAAUGGUGGAUAUGGAGCCUAUCUGCUGAUUGUCAGGCCCUUUGUGAAUUUGCAAGACAACAUUAUUGAAACUAUCAACCAAAUAUUGUUUUGUUGCUUGAUUGUUCCUCUGAUCUGGAUUGAUACAGAAUCUGAUUGGAGUGCUUUUUAUGAGUCUUAUUUUACUCAAAUUCUAAUGAUAACUCCGAUGAUUGGAGGCCUAAUAUGCCUCAUAUUCCUCCUAAAAUCCAUAAUAACCUUCACUCGAAGCCUCUGAAACCUCUCUACAGCCCCAAAACCUCCCUCCCAAACCCCUCCACCACCCACCACCCCCUCCGCAACUCCCUCUCCAACCCCCGCUCCAGCCCCCACAGAAGAGCACAAAUCCCCACAUCCCCACUCCCCUACCCCUUCCCAACCAAGCCUGACCCUAAACUCCUCCUCCAACACAGCCCAAAGCAACGCCUGCAUCCUAAAAGUCCCUACGACUCCUCCCCGAUCGUCCUCUCCCUUCAUGAAGAAGGUGCUCAAUCCCCAAAGAAUCUUAGACAGAUUUUAUAAGCCUUAGUGGUAAUUUUGACAUAUUUUAGAAAGGUUGUUCUGUGUAGGAAGUGAGCUUGGGGUUUUGGGGUUUUGGGGUUUUGGGGUUUUGG